AUGGAGCCCCCCUCAGCCCCUGCCCACAGAGGGCGCGUGCCCUGGAAGGGGCUCCUGCUUGCAGCCACACUCUUACCUUUUUGGAGCAUGCCUGGCACUGCCAACACCACUGCCUACACCACUGCCAACACCACUGUUUACACCACUGCCUACACCACUGUCAACACCACUGCCAACGCCACUGCCAACACCACUGCCAACGCCACUGCCAACACCACUGCCAACACCACUGCCAACACCACUGCCAACACCACUGCCAACGCCACUGCCAACACCACUGCCAACACCACUACCAGCACCACUGCCAGCACCACUGCCAACACCAAUGCUGAUAUCAUUACUGUGGAAUUGGUGCCGCGCGCUGCUAUGGAAGGGAAGAACGUUCUCCUGCUUAUCCCCAGGCAGCCAGAAACUAUUAGAGCAUUAUACUGGUACAGAGGAACAAUGGAACAGCAGAACAUCAUUGCAGGAUUGAAGAAAAACCCAGAAACCCUGGUUCAUGGGCCUGCAUACAGUGGCCGAGAGACCCUGUACUCCAAUGGUUCUCUGCUGCUCCGGUACCUCUAUGAGGAAGACACAGGGAUCUACCGCUUGCAAGUCCUGACAGCCAAUAUCGACCUUUUAACUGGAGAAAAACAGCUCCAGGUGUACCAUCCAGUAGAAGAGCCCCAUAUCCAAGCCACCCACACCAAAGUGACAGAAGGUGCUACCCUUGUGUUUCUGACCUGCUCCACGACAGAUACUGGGGUCUCCAUCAAGUGGCUGCUCAAUGACAAGACUCUGCAGCCCUCAGGGAACAGGAAGCUGUCUGCAGACAACAUGACCCUCGCCCUCCAGCCUGCCUCCAAGGCUGAUGCAGGGGCGUAUCAGUGUGAGGUCUCCAACCCUGUCAGUUCCGCAAAAAGUGCUUACCUGAAGCUGCAGGUGGUGGGUGAAGAGCCCAAACUGCUGCUACUGUAG